UGGGGGUGGGGGGGGAGGCGUCUCCCCAGGAAGCCCCGCGGCAGGCUGUCCUCGAGGUACCGGUUACCCAAGUCCAAGGCACCGUUGGGUCCUGGGUAGCCCCGCACCCCCGGUUUCCCGCGACGCCCCGUCGGGCCAGGCGUCGGAAGGGCUGGAAACGCCGAACUAGAGACGCCAGGGAGCCGGCGUGAGGGCUGGUAAACUGUGCACAGGUGUCCGGCCGGGAACACGGGCCGGUGUUAAGGGGGCCGGGCGUGGAGGGGGCCGGGCCUGCCAGGGGCCUAUUGGACGCCGCUCGGCCCUUAUUUGCAUAUUCAUGAAGCAGGGAGAAGGCUGGACGCCGGAGUCCGCUUGGAGAGGUGAUGAAUUAUUCAUGAAGUGUUUCGCCCCGCCCUAGAAGGCCUGGUUGAUUAUUCAUGAGCUCGAGAGGCGGGUUUGAACCGGAACAGGCCGUUGUCGCGCCGUCGGCGGGGAGAGGUGGUCGGGCGAGGGCCGCGAAGGAAAAGGGCCCUGGAGGAGACUGUCCGUUUCUAGUCUCUGUGAACUUUUCCUUUUCUUUUCGCUGGAGAGGUUCGAUCCCCGAUUUGAAAGUCUAUCGCGGGGCGCCACAUACUGUGAGGAGGAACGUCGGGGCCGAGGAGAAGGCCUGGGGGGAGCUUGUAGGUUAGACUUAAAAGAAUCCUGAUCCGUUACUAUAAUGGCCAUUGCUCAGCUCUCUCACUCCAUCAGAAUUAACAAGGCAUCUAAGGGACCAAUUUUCCCAUCCCAAAUUUGUGAUCAGGAAGAGUCACUGACAAUGGUGAAGAAACUUUUUGCUACUUCUGUCUCAUGUAUAACAUAUUUAAGGGGCCUGUUUCCAGAAAGCUCUUAUGGAAACCGCCAUUUGGAAGACCUCAAUUUAAAAAUCCUCCGAGAAGAUGAAAAUUCUCCUGGGUCAGUGCAUAUUGUUAAAUGGAUUCGAGGUUGUUUUGACGCUUUGGAAAGGGGAUACCUACACAUGGCAAUACUUACGCUUUACCCAAAUCCCAAGGAACCUGAGAAAGUGACUGAGAUAUACCAGUUCAAAUUCAAAUACACAAAUGAAGGAAUCACUAUGGAUUUUGACAGCAGUAAUACGAGCACUGAAAGUGGGACAAAGAGGGGACAUAUGAAGAAAGCCAGCAUUCUACUACUCCGUAAAUUGUAUAUCCUGAUGCAGAACCUUGGACCCCUUCCUAAUGAUGUUGUACUUACUAUGAAACUCCACUACUACAGUGCAGUGACCCCCGAUUAUUACCAGCCCCCUGGGUUUAAACAUGGGGUAAACUCACACGUCCUGCUGUUCGAGGGGGAGCCCGUAAACCUGCAAGUGGGAGUGGUCUCGACUGGCUUUCACAGCAUGAAGCUCAAAGUCAUCACGGAAGCCACCAGAGUGUCUGAUUUGGAGGAUAACCUCUUCCAGGAGAACAGCGUCACCGAGCUUGCCCAUCAGGGUCUGGACGGCGAUGAGGAAGAAGAGGGAAGCAACAACCAAGUUCAGAGCACGAAUAUUGUGUGCAGUCAGCAAAGCUCCGAGAACACCAGGAAGAAGAGGAAGGUCAGCGAACCAUUGGAACGCAUCAUCCCAGAGAGCAAAUGAGACCGAGAGGCCUCUGCUACAUUUAUCCCCAAAUAAUUUUGUUUUGCAACAAACUACAUGAAGUGUCUUAGUCGGAGAGUAAGUUCCUAUCAUCAAAACCUUUUACUAAAUUUGUUGUUCAGCUUCCUUAGUCAGUUUAUAAAUUACGAGGUAGGACCUGUGUUCACUUUGGUCACCAGGGCUGCCUUGGGCUAGCAUUGCUUCCAGAGAGAUUUAGAGAUGAGACACCUUCCUAUUCAUAAAGGAGCCACAGCGGCUACGCUGAGGAGAAAUAAGCCGUUGUUCUCAAGAGAGAGAGGCUUUUCUUUGCAUAAUCAAACUCCCUGGGUACUUAGACGACUGUGAAAUGUUCCAACUUGUUGUAACCUGUGCCCUGGAAUCCCUCUAUAGCUUUACUAGAAUUCCCACAGAAUUGCAUAGAUGGAUGCGGUAGUGCUUACCCAGGUGUGAGUUUUGUGUUAACUUCAGUCACGAGGUUGAACAGCUAAGUGUUGGACUAUCAAGUUCUUCAAAUCUGGCCCCGGGCCCUGAUCUGUUGGCCAACCCGAGGCUGGGGAAGAGGCUGCAGUGCAGGAGCCUGGCUCCCUGCUAAGGCCUGUGCUGAAUGCUUCCCAGCAGGCCCUCCGUGUACACAUCAAUCUGUAACUUGCAGAUGAUGUUACUAGUUCCCCCUUAUUCUGGAAGAAUGUUGAUAGACGUAAUGAAUUAUAAAUGACUUAAAGUGUUAUUUUUUAUUGUUAUAUAACAUGGGGUUUAAUGUAAAUGGAUAGAACCAAUAAGUGAAAUGUAUAGGUUAAAUACAUUUAAGUAAAUGUAUUGGUUAAAUUUACUGGUUAAAUAAAAAAUGCAAGGUCUUU